AUGCAUCUGAAAGAGACGCUGAACCCAGAUGUGAGCCGAGGGUUGGUGGAUUGUUUUCUGAUCUGGCAGCAGGAAGAACAGGAUGCAGGUGUUCCAGUCUGUCUGUACACUGACCAGAACUUGGUGUCCUUGGUGGAUGACCUGCUGGCUACUGGAACCACCACAUCUGCUACCCUGAGAUGGGCAUUGCUGUUUAUGGCCAAAUAUCCACAGAUUCAGGACCAGGUCCAGGAGGAGCUGGACAGGGUGCUAGGAAAUGGUUCUCUCUCUGUGGAGGUCCGGCGGAAUCUUCCAUUCACUAACGCUGUGAUUCAUGAGACCCAGAGGAUGGUGAACAUCGUCCCAAUGGCCAUCGCUUCCCAGACCACAGAGGACCUUUCCUUUCAGGGACACUUCAUCAAACAGGAUGAGAGUGAAUGGGAGACUCCACACACCUUCAAUCCUGCUCAUUUUCUCAAUGGGGAGGGCAAGUUCAUCCAGAGAAAUGCCUUUGUGGUCUUUUCCAAAGGCUGCAAGAUUACUCUUGGAGAGAGUCUGGCCAACAUGGCGCUGUUCCUCCUCUUCACCUCCCUCCUGCACUGCUUUCGCAUCACUCCUCCACCUGGAGUUUCAGAGGAUGACCUGGAUCUGACUCCAGCUGAAGGAGUUACAUCCUCUCCUCCACCUCACCAGCUGUGUACCAUCGACCGCUGGAUGUGAAAGAUUGCUUCUCUUUUAAAAGCCUCCUUCAUGACAUGCAGAAGCUAAGAUGGAGACUACAUUUUAAAUCGGAAUUUAGAAGUUAAUUUUAAAUGUGGAAGUGAUUAAGAGCAUAUUAAUGAUUUUAAAAUAGCCACUGUUUGUAGAAUGUGGACCUGAAGGAGAGGUUGUUUAUUGCAGAUAAAUGAAAAUCCUUCAGUUUUCAGAAGAAUCUAAUGUUGAAUCUAAAGUUUUAAUGUGGUAGAAGAAAAGAGCUGAUUUUAUUGUUAAAACACAAUGUUACUGAAAUGAACACUAGGUGCAUGUAACCACAAAUAACUG